UGUGUUUCACUUGCUUUUGUCGUAGUAGAAACUGCUAGAAACUUGUCAAAGUGUAAAUAAGAGUCUCGAAUGAAUGCAGAACUUAUUGAUAGAGGGGAUUCAUCACACCAUUGACAUUGUACAUUGAAGUUUUAAUGAAGUGUAUUUUAUGUCAGGUCAGUUAACCUCUGUUUUAUAUUUGUUUGCUCCUGAACACAACCGUUCCGCUUUAGCAUGUUGUCUCGAGUACGGAGAGCACUGACAACGAGGAAGACGUUUAUCUCAUGUGUUUUAAUGCUAAAGUAACUUUAAAGUCUUUUUUUAUAGCUGUAGAUGUUUUGUAAGCCACUACUUAUUACAAAAGCUUGUUGUUGAAGGUGUUUUAUGUGUGUCAACAAAUGAAAAGACAGCAAAUAACUCAGUUUUACGCUGGAGCUGAGUUCAAGGUCCAGCUCGGAGUAAACAACAUUCGCAAGCCGGUUAACAUUACAUCCAACUGGUGUAGAAAUGUCAGAGUCGUCUGACAGUCGGACAAAAACGUUGAAUUUCAACGUUGGGGUUCUCGGACAUGUCGACAGCGGGAAGACAUCGCUCGCCAGGUCGCUGAGCAGCACCGCCUCCACGGCUGCCUUCGACAAGAACCCGCAGUCCCGGGAGAGAGGCAUCACGCUUGACCUAGGCUUCUCCUCCUUCACGGUGGAGCUUCCCGAUCACCUGCGGGACAGCGAAGGCCAGAAGCAGUAUGACAAUCUGCAGUUUACCCUGGUGGAUUGUCCGGGACACGCCUCUCUUAUUCGGACUAUCAUUGGGGGUGCCCAAAUCAUUGACCUGAUGAUGCUGGUGGUGGAUGUGGUGAAAGGCGUGCAGACUCAGACUGCAGAGUGUCUGCUGAUAGGAGAGCUGACCUGCCCUCGCAUGGUGGUUGUUCUCAACAAGAUCGACCUGCUGCCUCCCAACAAAAGACAGAGUGCCAUUGAGAAAAUGACCAAGAGGCUGCACAAAACUCUGGAGAACACCAGAUUUAAGGAAUGUCCAGUGAUUGCUGUGGCAGCGAAGCCUGGGGGCCCGGAGGCUCCUGACACAGAGGAGCCACAAGCAGUGCCAGAGUUAAUAGAGCUUUUGAAGAAACAGACGUACCUCCCCCAGAGAGACCCCAAAGGUGACCUCCUGAUGGCUGUGGACCAUUGCUUCUCUAUCCGUGGUCAGGGAACAGUCAUGACAGGCACCAUCCUGCAGGGGUCGCUGGCCAUCAAUGACACUGUGGAAAUCCCAGCACUAAAGGUGACCAAGAAGAUAAAGUCGGUGCAGAUGUUUCGGAGACCGGUGUCGGGGGCCAUGCAGGGGGAUCGCGUGGGUGUGUGCGUGACACAGUUUGACCCCAAACUGUUAGAGCGGGGUGUGGUGUGCACCCCGGGGUCCCUGCGCACCCUCUAUGCAGCUCUCAUCUCUGUGAGGAAGAUCGGCUACUUCAAGGGCUCUCUAUCCACCCGGGCCAAGUUCCACAUCACCGUGGGCCAUGAGACAGUCAUGGCGAGGGUUACCUUCUUUGGCUUGCCACCCCUGGGUGCCUCAGAGCGCCCCUCAGUCACUAACCAACCUCCAUCAAAGCCCUGCCCGCUGGAUACACCCUUCACCUUCGAGAGGGAGUACUUCCACCAGGAUGAAUAUGUCAUCGCUCAGGGAGAGGCGAGUCCAGGGUGUGAUCCAGAGCAAUGGGCCCUGUUGGAGUUUGAGCGGCCAGUCACAUGCCCCUUACUCUGCCUGGUGAUUGGCUCAAAGCUGGACACGGACAUUCACGCCAAUGCAUGCCGCUUGGCCUUCCAAGGCCGUCUCCUCCAAGGGUUUGAAGAUAAAGGCUAUGCCGAGUCUGCCCUGCCUCGUCUGCGCAUCUACAAGACCAAACACAAGGAGGGCCAGGUGGAACGGGUGACCGAUGAUUACACUGUGAUUGGCCGCAACCUGUUCAAGAAGGAGACCAACCUCCAGCUCUUCAUCGGGUUAAAGGUCACACUGUCAACGGGCGAGACUGGUGUCAUCGAGGGUGGGUUUGGACAGAGCGGGAAGUUCAAGAUUCGAGUGCAAGGUAAGAACAACCCUCAGGUGAGACUUGACACCACCAAUCCCACUACUGUAGCCCCUGCCACUGUUUAAUGCAGGCGGAGUCAGGCAAAUCCUGUGACUUUGAUGAUGUUGCAGUCUGUUCAUCAAGACUCACACCGAGAGCACUUUCUCUAUCUUUCCUUGGACGCUGGGGGCUCUGCGGACAGUUUUUCAGGAUGCGGUAAGAGUGGUAGGCCCGACAUCCUGAGCCACAUUCCCAGAAUUCCUCUGGGGAUUGCCUUGUGUUCCGGGGGAAGUCUGUUCCGUGUUUAUUUUACCUUCUGUUGCUUCGGACCCACUGCUCCGCACCGGGAGGGAAGAGAAAACAAAAACAUUUAGAAAGAGAACCUCACCUACAUCCUUUUCACUCACAUACUCAAAAGUCUUAAACAUACUAACACGCAUCGUCACACAUAAACAUGGGGUUGGUCGCUUUGACAAAAACGUGAACA